AUGUUUCCAUCACUUCAGGCAGCUCUUCCUUCUAUUGAACGAUUAAACAAGAAAAGAGUAGAACAACCUUCACUUAAAAAAGAGCUUGUACUUGUUAAUCAACGUAACCAUAUUCGUACAACAUCAGCACCAUCUAUUUUGCCCAGCUAUGGACAAAAGUUAUCCUUGGGUGUAUUACUUGACGCUAUUGAUCUUGAUCAAGAAAUGAGACAAUUUUUUAGAAAUGAAGUGAUGAAAUCAAAGAAUAGAACACAGCCCGGCAUGUUUAAACCUAUGCCUAUGCUCAGACGUCGUUCAAGAUCAGCACCUAGUGCCUUACCUUCCUAUCAUUAUCAGCGUGCAUUUAAUGCAAAAUGGAUCAUGAAUGAUAAAAGAGUAGUGACGACAGCAUCAGAAGCACAAAAGGUAGCUGAAUUGAUUGUAAAACAGCAUUUUGAAACAGUCAAGAAGAAUAAUAACAAUAAUAAUGUAUAA